AUGGAAAAGCUUUUUUGGCUUUUGGACUGUGAUCAUCGGGUGGAUCAAUGCAUUGACAAGCAAUUAGGCAUCAUUUUUUCAAACAAGAAGAAGAAACCAGAAUCAAAGGAAGCUGCUGCUGCCAAAACUACUGGUGCACCAUCUCCAGUUUCCCGUAAAGGCAAAUCGCGCAUGUCAGCAUCAUCUUCACCACAACCAUUGUCUACUACGGAUGCUGAGCAAGACAUUGAGUUACUUGAUAGUGACGGCAGUGAUUUGGAAAGUGUCAUGGAUGAUGGGCUACAAGAGGAAGAGGAAAGUUGUGAUUUGACAGCCAAGGAGAUCAAUGUUUUGACGUCUGUAUCCGUGAUGCUUUGCCAACCCCCCUCCAUCAAAGGUGAUAAUUCCUCUGAAUACAUCAAGACGCAGUUGUACCCCGAUAAGAGAGACUCUAUUCCAGCUAGUGCCCUUGAUUGCUGCUGCACGAUCAUCAAUGCCAUCGAAUCUCUUGUUCCUAAGGAAGAUUUCCCCCUUCCAUACAAGUGGUUUGGUUUGUUUCAGUUGCGCAAUAUUAUUAGGACACGCCGAGUCAAAAAAAAAAUGGCAAUUGCGUUCGAUCCCGUAACCUUGUACUUAUUAUUCAGCAAACAGUACCACAUUUACCAAAAGGACAAAUCUGUAUUCACCUCCUACUCAAUGAUCAAAUCAAUGGAAACAAAGGAGGAUAUCUUUUCAAAUUUUUUUGACGUGCCCAAGAUCAAGAAAAUUCUGAAAGAACAAAAGCUCGACUUCAAGCAUUAUAUCAAAUUCAAAGACCAAUACAAAGUUCAUCUGGUGGGUUCAAGAGUGAAAAAACACAAUAAUGGCUCCAAUGGCUCCAAAUCGGAUGAGAACAGAUCCAGUGCCUCCGAGUCCAGUGUAAACAGGUCAAGUGCCUCCAAGUCUGAUGUGGACAAGGUGAAAAAAUUCUCCAGUGAUAUCAAAGAAACAAAGAAGCAGUUGUCGUCACUGUCAAGGCAGCUUUCAAAACUGCAAUGA